AUGGCGUCCAUGAGGUAUCUUGCCUUGGCUGCCGCUCUAGCGAGCGGAGCGCAAGCUUCGUUAUAUGGCGAGACCACCGAAAACCACACUUGCAUCCUUGACCCGCUCGUCCUCUCCUGCUCAGCUCAAGCCCAGCCCAACUUGGUGGACUCGUGCUGUACAGAGACCUUUGGCGGCCUCCUCCUGUCCACUCAGUUCUGGAGCACGUACACUGGCCUUGAGGCACAAGGUCAAAAGCUGCCUGCCAACACAUGGACACUGCACGGAUUAUGGCCCGACUACUGCUCAGGGGCAUAUACGCAAUACUGCGAUCUCUCCCGUCAAUACGAUCCCGUCCCCUCGCCAAACACGACGAACGGCCUCCCCAACGGAACCGUUGUCCCGCCCUACAAGGGGCCCGACGUGGGCACCUUCGUCGAGGACUUCGGCCGCUACGACCUCCUCCAGUGGAUGAACACGUACUGGAUCAACCAGGGCGCGCCCAACACGGACUUCUGGGCCCACGAGUUCUCCAAACACGCCACCUGCUUCUCGACGUUCGACCUGCCCUGCUACGGACCCCAAUACGUCGAACACGAGGACGUCGUCCAGUUCUUCGAGACCGCAAUCAAGUACUACAAGCGGUUGCCGACGUGGAGCUGGCUCAAGGAGGCCAACAUCGUGCCUAGUAACACCACGACGUACUCGCUCGCGGAUAUCCAGGGCCAACUGACGAAAAAGUACCGCGCCGUGCCGUACGUGGGGUGUAGUGGGCCGCGGUAUAAUACGACGGAACAGGGGAGGAGGGAGAAUAGUACGGACAGCGGACGUACGGUGGUCAGUGAGGUGUGGUAUUAUAUGCAUGCUUACGGACGUCCUCAGGAUGGGAAUACCGUGCCGGUCAAUGCCACGAGUCCGAAUACUUCCUGUGCGAAGGCUAAGGGGGCGUUGCAUUAUUAUGAGAUGACGCCUGGGUCGGUGCAAGGUAAUUAG